AUGGUUUCAAUGCCUGUGGUCAAUCAUGAAGCUCUGGUUGUGAAAGUGUUCCGGUUGCCUGUAAUGGACUCUCAGCCACAAUUUUGGGCUCAACAAGAAGUACAGACCGAACCGCCUUCCCCACCAACACAACAAGUCGUACACCAAGCUAAUGCGAAAGCUGAAAACCUUCGGAAAUUAAUUGAAGCAAACUAUAUGUGCCCAAUAUGCUUGGAUGUCCUUGCGGCCCCAGUGACUUACUGCGCGGAGGGGCAUGCUCCCUUACGAGGAGAUCACCUUUUCAUCUAUGUGAGGGUCAUCCAGGAUGCUGUGGUGUCCUUGAUGGAUGGAAUUGCCCGAGAGUUCGUAGAUGUUUCCGCUGAAGAUGGGGAGUCCCAGGAAGAUGAAUUGAGGUCCUAUGCAUCUGGACCUAUGCGGGAUAAUUGGGAACUUCGAUCCAGGGUUGGUUUACAGAUGAUAGAUGAUCUUCGGCGAUACCGGACUGUAGGCUCCCAGGACGUGGCUCGUGUUGUUGCAUGGGCCCGUUCCCAGUUGUCAGCCUCAUCGCCUCCACCUGCAGUCAGUACUUCGGCCCAGCCUGCAUCCACAGCCGGUACCUCGGCCGAGCUUCCCAUCAUGCUGGAUUAG